AUCGAAGUGAAUUCAGAUAUAACUCAAGAUUGUUAGAGGGCUUUUUAAAAAUAAAAAGUUGAUUCGGUGCAUGAGAGCAAGUUACUGCUGCUUACCGUUCAGAGACUUACAGGUGCUUGCCUGCGUUGCAAUAAAGGACUCAUAUAUUGAGCAAGACUUAUUUAUCUCUUCAUUUUGGAGAGCCUAAUAAACUGUUAUUACAGUUUCUCUACUGACUUUCAAAAGUUUUGAAGUUUGAAAGAGACACCUUCACAGUUAACACAGCAUGAGCACGGCCAGAACAGAGAACCCUGUUAUAAUGGGUCUAUCCAGUCAAAACGGUCAGCUGAGGGGCCCUGUGAAGCCCAGUGGUGGUCCCGGAGGAGGGGGCACGCAGACACAGCAACAGAUGAACCAGCUGAAAAAUACCAACACAAUCAAUAACGGCACUCAGCAGCAAGCACAGAGUGUGACCACCACUAUUAAACCUGGUGAUGACUGGAAAAAGACUUUAAAACUCCCUCCAAAGGAUCUAAGAAUCAAAACUUCGGAUGUGACCUCCACGAAAGGAAAUGAGUUUGAAGAUUACUGUUUGAAACGGGAGUUGCUGAUGGGAAUUUUUGAAAUGGGCUGGGAAAAACCAUCUCCUAUUCAGGAGGAGAGCAUUCCCAUUGCUUUAUCUGGUAGGGAUAUCUUAGCUAGAGCAAAAAAUGGAACAGGCAAGAGCGGUGCCUACCUCAUUCCCUUACUUGAACGGCUAGACCUGAAGAAGGACAAUAUACAAGCAAUGGUGAUUGUUCCCACUAGAGAACUUGCUCUACAGGUCAGUCAAAUUUGCAUCCAGGUCAGCAAACACAUGGGAGGGGCCAAAGUGAUGGCAACCACAGGAGGAACCAAUUUACGAGAUGACAUAAUGAGGCUUGACGAUACAGUGCAUGUGGUGAUCGCUACCCCUGGGAGAAUCCUGGAUCUUAUCAAGAAAGGAGUAGCAAAGGUUGAUCAUGUCCAGAUGAUAGUGUUGGAUGAGGCAGAUAAGUUGCUAUCACAGGAUUUUGUGCAGAUAAUGGAGGAUAUUAUUCUCACGCUACCUAAAAACAGGCAAAUUUUGCUAUAUUCUGCUACUUUCCCUCUUAGUGUACAGAAGUUCAUGAAUUCCCAUUUGCAGAAACCUUAUGAGAUUAACCUGAUGGAGGAACUAACUCUGAAGGGAGUAACUCAGUACUACGCAUACGUAACUGAGCGCCAGAAAGUACACUGCCUCAACACACUUUUCUCCAGACUUCAGAUAAACCAGUCAAUCAUUUUCUGUAAUUCCUCUCAGCGAGUUGAAUUGCUAGCCAAGAAGAUUUCUCAACUGGGUUAUUCUUGCUUCUAUAUCCAUGCUAAAAUGAGGCAGGAACAUCGAAAUCGUGUAUUUCAUGAUUUUCGAAAUGGCUUAUGCCGCAAUCUUGUUUGCACUGAUUUGUUUACCCGAGGUAUUGAUAUACAAGCUGUGAAUGUGGUAAUAAACUUUGACUUCCCAAAGCUGGCGGAGACCUAUCUUCAUCGUAUUGGAAGAUCAGGUCGUUUUGGUCAUCUUGGCUUAGCCAUCAACUUGAUCACGUAUGAUGAUCGCUUCAACCUGAAAAGUAUUGAGGAGCAGCUGGGAACAGAAAUUAAACCUAUCCCGAGCAACAUCGAUAAGAGUCUGUAUGUGGCAGAGUACCACAGCGAGCCGGUAGAAGAUGAGAAACCUUAACAAGCAUGUGCGCACCUGGCAAAAUAGCUAAGCUUUGACAAACUACAGAAGGCUCGUUUGGAUCUGUGACACAUCGUUUUGGGGAGGGAUGCUCUUCUCUUUGUGGGUUUUUCAUCUUCUUUUAUUUUGGGACUGUGAAGACUUAAAAGAGCUCAGAUGAUUUUUCUUUUUUUAACUGGUAAAGAGAAAAAAGCUGAAGAGAAGGACUAUACCUUUUUUGUUCCACUUGUUUGCACUGUGUGCUGACUGAACAUUAGUUGCACUAACUGCUGGUUUUUAAAAAAAUGUUUUCUGGUGGAAGGGGACAAGGAAGGGGGGGGAGAAGGAAGAGAAGGGGAGAAACCCUAAGAAGAGAAGAUCUUGAUGAACGCAAGCUUGUCUACGAUUUCAGAACUCUCCAACAGCUGGCUCUCGUGCAUUUCAACUUCUCCCUGAUUACUCAUCCGUUUCAAGCCUGAAGAGCUUAUUACUUAUUUGUGCGAAGUGCCUUAUGCUAUGAGACCAUUCAGAAUAUCAUCCUUUAGACACAGCCCAAGGAAUCAACAAUAGUAAUUCUUUCUUUCCUUUUGUUCUUUUUCUUUUUAAAGUUUUUGUCUUUCCAUUUUGGUUUCGAGUUGAAGUCUCUUCCCUUUCUACCCGAUACUCAAGCCCAGGGCUGGAAGAUGAAACUUACUAGUAAUGUUAAACACCAUUUUCUUUUUCUUUAUGUGGAGGAGUUGAUAUGCAACUGCAGUUCAUCCGCACUGUAAAUACAUGUAUUUAAAAAACAAAACAAUCCCAAGUAAAAAUUUCUUCUGGGCUGAGUAGAUGCACCAUCAUCGCUCCCAAAGGAAAGAGCAGUCUGUCACUGCAGGAGCCAUAUGACGAGCCUUUGUGCCCUCGAGCAGAACACUAGAGACUGGUGUGUGCACGCCUCCAUUAGCAGUGUGGCACUUGAUGUGGAGACACGUCAGAGUCUUGACCCUCUUUCCUCUGCGGCAAGCGUGUCCCAUAGAAAACUGGCUGUGUAUACUUGUAUAAACUUUGUAAAUAAGUUUUUUUCUUGGUUCAUAUAUAUAUAUAUAUACAUAUAUAUAUAUUUUUUUUUUGGAUGAAGGUUGCUGGGAUUAAGGGGAUUAGAGUGAUUAUGGGAGCAGCUAAAGAUGAGAGGGGCUCAGUUUUCCGCAACACUAAACCCUAAAAAGUACUUCGGCCUCCUGCCUGUACAGAGCAGACCUCUGUGGGCCCCUGUGUUACAAAGGGGCCCUGAAGCCUAGGCGCACUGUGCUGCCACACUCUUCCCUCUGAGGCCGUCGGCGGAGUCUCACCAGGGAGAGCAGGGAAGCUUCCGCAGUUCAUAAUUCAGGAUGGUUUGUUUUUGUUUUGUUUUUGAGAAGCGCUCUGAUAAUUGCCUCCUCCCCUUUCUAAAUGUUUGAAGAGCUUUUCAAGCUCUGCGAAAGGGGCCAAGACUAACCCACCUUGCAGUGUGGGGAUUCUGUGGCGCGGCAGUGUCUCGGAGCAGUGUACACAGAGAGCAUGGCUUUGGUUUCCGAUGGUCAGCCAGUACCAGCCGGUCACAGUCAGCGGUUCUGGAGCUGAGUUUUCUGUGGAUUGUCUCCUGUAGGUGUGAGCGUGUUGCCCUUUGCCUACCUUGAUACAUAAACUUGCAGGAGUGGGCAACCCCUGAGAGCUGUUAACUUUCAUGCUGCAGAAAGCCGCUUACCAUCCUCCUUGUGACAAGAACUACCUGUCAUUUUGCAUUGUAAAUUGCUGGCAAUCGCUUCACAGUCAAUAGUGUUGCUUUAAACUGUGCCCCUCCCAACAUGCUUGACGUUUGGCCUGAUCUCCAGGCAAAAGGAGUGAGAUGAAUCAAAACCAGUGAACUUUUUUUUUAAUGUUUUUAAUUCCCUUUUAACCCAGUAUACUAAGUCAAUCAGGAGGCAUCUAGGAGAAAAAAAAAGCAAAAAACAAAAUUGAAAAAAAAAUUGAUUUCCAUAUUUCAUUAUUUUUCAAACCCUAAAAUAUUAUAAGUCCUGCAUAUGCUUUCAUGCUUAAUUCAUCUGGAUAAAGAAAUCAAUUACUUGAAGUUGCUUUUUCAACUCUGCCUAGUUCUAAGCAAAACUAUUUGUGACUCACCCAAAAAUUCCUUGGGGAUCAAAAUCCUGCAGGUGCCUCCUGAUGUGACACAGCCCUAACUCCUUAGGAGCUGUAGCAAGAGCUGCACAGUACAGCCCCAAAAGAGCCAGCGCAUCGAUUUGGAGUCCAGUCACACGUGCGCUGUCCAGCCGGUGCUGGGCACCGAUAAUACAAACCCCAGUUGAUAAAGUAACCUUUUCCAGGGAGGGUGGGGGAGGGAACUUCAAAGGCAUCAACUUUUGACCAAAAAAAAAAAUUGUCCUUGUACUGAUGCAGCUCUUUUUCCUCCCUCUCUAGCGAGAUAAGAGGGAUCAUUCAUGUAAAAGAAGCAGCAGAAGGGUGGAAGUGCAGUUCUGUAUCUCGCUAGAGAGCGUGUGGGCCACCACAGAAAGCGCAGUCUCCUGGCCAGCCUCAGACUGCUCUGCUUGGUGCCCCAUGCCUGUGGGUCCCUCGUAAAGCACAGACUUAACGGUGAAAGUAUUACUGAAGUACAGCCUCUGAUGAGGAGCGGCACUUAAACUAUCUGGGACACCACUGUUGGACACAGCCUGCACAGGCAGCUGUCCGGUUUUGGUGCUUGACUUUUGAAUAGGAAUUGUUAAAUGGAAAGAUGCUCUAAGGACUAGGUCAAAGCCUGGUCUCUCUCUCUCUCUUUUUUUUUUUUUUUAAAUCCCUCAUAAUAAGCAUUAUUACUAUUGGGAAUUGUUUUCACAUUCUUUCCAACACUGGAUGAUUUUGUGGUUACUUUUUUUCCAAGUAAUGAUAUCUUUUUAGUGUUUCAUUUAAGUGAGAACCAGUCCGCAUUUUUAAUAAAACUCCCUUUAACUCAUGAUUUAUUAGACUGUGGUCGUAUGGUUGUGUAACAGGCUGUGAACCGUUACACUCCUUGCUGCCUCCUGGCUGGUUUCGUUUUUCUCUCCCCAUAUGUUCUGAUGGGGAAAGAAACUUUAUUGUCUUCCCUGUAAGAAUGGAAUAAAUUUGUUCUGAAAUGAUCUUUCAUAAAAAGAAGGGGAGUGCAAUCUAAAUAUAUCUCUAAAAUAUUUUCAAAUUAGUCCCAGCAUCAUCAUAGGGGUUGGCCCACACUGGAGGGUGGGGGGUGGUGUGGUUUUCAGUACUCGUUUUCAGA